AUGAAUGCUAUCUUCCCCCUUGUGGACCGGGAGAACGCUGAUCCAAAUACGCUAGCAUACAACACGCGUACAACCAUGCCGACAGCAGAGGAGGAGGAGGCCGCCGAGGAAGAAGGAGACAACGACAUCCCUGAGCUGCUUCCAGCAGGCGACGCAGAGGGUGACGAGGAGGAGCAGGAGUUCGUACAAGAGGUGGAGGCACGUCUGGAGGCUCGCCAACGCCUCCAUAGACAGCCUCUUCCAGAGAAAACGCCGUUCCACCCGUACGGCAUGCAUUUCCUUCGGCCCCUUCAUACUGUCCCAGUGCCCCGCCUCGGAUGGGCCGUUUCCUUCCUUAACGACCAGGCCGUCCGGUUUAUAUAUGGUAUGGAGGAAGACGAGGUCAUGCACAUGAUACUUUGCUCGCGAGUCGUGAAGCCACGAAAUACCAACCGUACAGAGAACCGGAAGAAGACCACCACGUUUGUCAACCACGGCCAGGCUCCUCAGCAACUCAUCUUCGACUUUGCGGCUAGGGGCUAUACCCUUCCACCCAUCCCUGAUGUCAACGGAGACGAGUUGGAUGUGGAGCUGCUUGACGACCUGCUGUUGGCUGAGGGAAAUCGUAUGAAGGACCUCGACAUCGACGUGGUCGUGACCGAGAUCUGGUACCAGUUCCUUCUCGACCUCACCGAGAUGCCACUACGCCGCCCUAUUGCAUCCUUUCUCCAAGAGAUCGAAAGCUCGUCAACGAGGCGACGUACGAGGACCUGGUCCUCUCACAUUACUUUCGAGACGUUCAAUGGCGGAAGGCGGAACACAGCGAUUGGCUCGCGGCAUUCAAGCACCUUUUUCCCCCCAAGGAAGCAAAGGUCAAGAGAGGCAAGAUCCAAAACUACCUCCAGACGACAUACUACCCUCGGUGGGAGAACCUGA